UUUCUCCCAUCUCCUUUCUCCUUGGCCUUCACUCCGCUCACCCUACUCACCUUACGUGCGUAAACCCUUGGCCAUUUCUCCCAUCGAUCUGAUGCUAGUGUAAGCCGCCUCUUCGUUAUCAUCUGCUUCAUUUCAACCAUCAUCGGUUACUUAUUCAUUUGUACCUUCGGAUACUGAAUAAAGGAUGAAGGAAUAGAAAGAGAGGGAAAGAAGCGAGAAGGGUGAUGGAGUGAUGAGGAGGGCUUCUACAUGGAGGAGAGCUGCAGCAUCAACAAGAGAUCAUCAAAACUUGUUUUGAUGGGUUUCUCUGACAGACAUGAGCAAGUGCUCCAUCUCCUUCUCAGACCAUCGUUUUCGACUUGUCUCUUAUCAGUCCCUCUUGGGUAUUGCUUCAAAUUAUUUUCCUCUCGUCUGUUUUAAAAGAUGUUUGAGCCAAGGAUGCCCCACACUAUGCUCAACUGAUAACAGACCUUUUCCUGAUUAUUCCCCCAAAAAACCUACCAUCAGAGACUCUGAAUUUGUCCAUCAGAUCUCAACUGCUAUAAAAUUACGCCGCUCUGAGCCUCUUCGCCACAUUCUAAAGCCUUAUGAAUCAAAGUUGAGGCCUGACCACCUAAUUUGGGUUCUCAUGAACAUUAAGAAUGAUUAUAAAUUGGUUUUAGAUUUUUUUGACUGGGCAUGCCUACGGAGAGACCCAACACUAGAAGCCCGUUGUAUUGUUGUUCAAAUUGCUGUGGCAUCAAAGGAUCUAAAAAAGGCCCAUGCACUUAUUUGUGAUUUUUGGGCAAAACCCAAUCGAGAUAUUAGCUUCUCAUACUCUCAAUUUGUUGAGAGAUUGAUAUACACUUAUAAGGACUGGGGUUCAGAUCCCUAUGUAUUUGAUAUAUUCUUUCAAGUCCUUGUUGAAGCUGGGAUGUUCAAUGAAGCAGGAAGAUUUUUUGAAAAAUUGUUGAAUUUUGGGUUAGUUGUCUCCACUGAUUCUUGUAAUUUAUUUCUUACUCGUCUAUCAAUAAAUUCUGAUGGGAUUGAGAUGGCUAUAAAGGUUUUUAAUGAAUAUCCUGAAGUGGGUGUUUGCUGGAACGCUGCAUCAUAUAAUAUCAUAAUUCAUUCUCUUUGUCAAUUAGAGAAAAUAAAAGAGGCCCACAAGUUACUCCUUCAAAUGGAGUUGAGGGGCUGUAUGCCUGACGUAGUGAGUUAUAGUACUAUAAUAUGUGGUUAUUGUCAUGUUGGGGAACUUCAAAAGGUGCUGAAACUCAUAGAAGAAAUGAAAAUAAAGGGAUUGAAGCCAAACCCUUAUACCUACAACAGCUUAAUACUUCUUCUAUGCAAGACUGGUAAACUAGUUGAAGCAGAGAAGGUAUUCAGAGAGAUGAUAAACCAGGGAAUUGUUCCAGAUAAUGUGGUCUAUACAACUCUUGUCAGUGGAUUCUGUAAAUUGGGGAAUGUUCCGACUGCAUAUAGACUGUUUGAUGAAAUGCGGACAAGGAAAAUUGUUCCUGAUAGUAUAACGUACACUGCUAUUAUCCAUGGGUUUUGUCUGACCGGAAAAAUGAUGGAAGCAGUUAAGCUCUUCCAUGAAAUGGUUAGUAGAGGGUUCGAACCAGAUGAAGUUACUUACACAGCACUUAUUGAUGGUUAUUGUAAGGCAGGUGAGAUGAAAGAGGCCUUUGAUCUUCACAACCAGAUGGUUCAGAGAGGGCUUACUCCAAAUGUUGUCACUUACACUGCACUUGCUGAUGGCCUCUGUAAAAGAGGUGAGUUAGACACUGCAAAUGAGCUUCUUCAUGAGAUGAGUCAAAAGGGCCUCCAACUGAAUAUAUACACUUACAACUCCAUUAUAAAUGGUCUCUGUAAAGCAGGAAAACUAGCACAAGCAGUAAAUCUGAUGAAAGAAAUGGAGGUGGCAGGCUUCCAUCCUGAUACUUUUACUUUUACUACUCUCAUGGAUACUUACUGUAAGAUGGGGGAGAUGGCUAAAGCACAUGAGCUCCUGCGCGAGAUGCUGGAUAGGGGUCUUCAACCUACAGUUGUGACAUUCAAUGUGCUGAUGAAUGGGUUUUGCAUGUCAGGAAUGCUGGAAGAUGGUGAGAGGCUGCUAAAAUGGAUGUUGGAGAAGGGUAUAAUGCCAAAUGCCACCACCUUUAAUUGUCUUAUGAAGCAGUACUGUAUUAGAAAUAAUAUGCGUGCUACGACUGAGAUUUAUAAGAGCAUGGGUGCUCAAAGAGUGAUGCCUGAUAACAACACCUAUAACAUUUUAAUAAAAGGGCAUUGCAAAGCUAGGAACAUGAAAGAGGCGUGGUUUUUGCACAGAGAAAUGGUUGAGAAGGGAUUUAAUGUUGCAGCUAGUUCCUACAAUGCCCUUAUCAGAGGUUUUCAUAAGAGGAAAAAAUUUAUGGAGGCUAGGGAACUAUUUGAAGAGAUGAGAAAGCACGGGUUGACUGCAGAGAGAGAAAUAUAUAACAUUUUUGUUGACAUGAACUUUGAAGAAGGGAAAAUGGAAUUCACUCUUGAGCUCUGUGAUGAAGCAAUAGAGAAAUGUCUAGUGGAUACAGCCAAAAAUGAAACGACAUAACUGGAGCUGGACUUUUUGGGUUAUUAUUUGGUAUGAUUUUUUGCAGACAAUUUAUGUUUGCAUCAGCUUGCUUGGUGGGAUUCUAUGACAUACUGUCCGGAUCUACCCAGAAUCAUGAUGCAGGACUCUUGGUUUGAUUGGAAGAGUUGGUGUUGCCAGACAAAGCUGCUGAGAGGGCAGUUAGCCAAGAGAAGCUCGACCAGGUUUUUAGGCAUUACUUGUUUAAAGACACUACGGUCACUUCAAGGAAAAAUUUUUGAGCAAGAGGAGUUUGACUAGUAGUUUCAAAGCGACCACAAUCAGUGUCAUUUGCAUCACCGUAUCUGUCCUUGCUUUAUAAUCUUCUGACUUGAAGGUUUCAGUAAUGGAAGAUUACCUUGAAUUUUUGUGGCAGCUGCAAAAGAGGUUUUAUGAACUGAGUUGCGAUACUCCUCAUUAUUGGUGUUUGAGCAUUAACUUGGUCUUACAACAAGCCAGACCGUUGUUUGAAUAUCCAAUAACUCUACAAAAUCUGGCACUGCAUUGCAAAGCACCUUUUCUUAUAGAAGCCUUGUACUCCAUUUUGUGUACAUCAUCCAAUUGUCUAUAGAUAAUCUUUUUAUAACAUUGUAUGUGAUGCAAGUUCCAUUUUUCUUUC